AUGAAGCAAAAUAGAGGUUUAUGUGAAGAAAUGUUUCGCCUUUUGUUAAUGGUGGCAUUGUAUUAUCCACUUUCUGUUGGACUUACUUUCUAUCAGAAAUGGUUUAUUAAGCAUUAUCGACUUCCUUUAUUUAUUGUUACCGGGCAUUAUGUAACAAAAUAUUUGAUGGCCCUAGCAAUCCGUUCAAUUGUUGAAUUUUUACAAAAAAAUAGACGGGUACGUGUUCCACUUCGUGAACAAUUAAGAUGGUUAAUGCCAAUUGGAUUUUGUGCUUCUUUGGAUAUUGGACUGUCUAAUUGGUCUUUGGAGUAUGUAACAGUCUCAUUGUAUACAAUGGCCAAGUCCAGUUCAAUUUUGUUUAUUGUUGGAUUCUCAUUAUUUCUAAAACUUGAACGCUGGCAUUCCAGUUUGGGCGUGUCUGCAUUUUUAAUAGCUGUCGGGUUAUUUCUUUUUACUUUGCAAUCUACACAACUUGAUUUUAGAGGACUUGUUCUCGUUGAAAUGGCUGCACUUUGUACGGGUUUUAGAUGGACAAUUUCUCAAUUAAUUAUGCAAGGAGAAGAAUGUUCAACUCCUGUGAGGCAUCCUCUAGAUAUGAUGAUUGCUGUCCAACCAUGGAUGUUCAUUGCCAUAGUCCCAAUUGUAAUAGUAGCUGAGGGACCUGAAAUGACUUGGGAAGUAAUUACUUCAUUUCAUAAUGAAUAUGAACCUGCGCUUGUUUUUUCUUUAAUCUUUUCUGGUGGAAUUUUGGCGUUUUUAAUGGAAUUUUCUGAAUAUCUUCUUUUGGUUAAUACUUCUGGUAUUACAUUAUCAAUUGUUGGGAUUGUGAAGGUAAACCUUUUUUUAAUAAGAAUUAAUUAA